AUGACGACCGAACUCGUGGAAAUCGAACAUGAAGGACAAAGUGAUGAAGUUGUUGAGCCCGAGCAACAGCCACAGUUGAAAAGGUCGAGUAGGGAGAAAUGUCAAAAUCCCAGGUAUGCAUAUGUAGUGUCAAUUGAAGAAAAUAUAGCUGAACCCAAAAGUUUUUCCGAAGCCAGUAAGCAACCGGAAUGGGUUAAUGCUAUGAAUCAAGAGAUCAAUGCUCUUAGAGAAAACGAAACCAGGGAAUUAGUUCUUAAACUAGAAGGUGUAAAAACACUCUCGUGUAAAACACUCUCGUGUAAAUGGGUCUACAAACUCAAACGAAAAGUCGGCGGGUCUAUUGAUUGGUAUAAAGCACGGCUUGUGGCGCGGAGUUUUUCACAAGAGUAUGGUCUUGACUAUGAUGAGACGUUUAGUCCCAUUGCUAAAUUAACUACGGUUUGA